AGCUAUCCUUCUUUUACACGUUGGCACCGGCGUUCGCCAAGGAGAACUAUGGUUCCUCUUCCGAGAAAAUAACAUCUACGGGUCAAAACCUCCUCUAGACUAGCUACCAUGAGGCUAAUGAGACGGAGGAGGCUUAUUUUAUUCUUACUGGUUCUUGUUUGGGUUGUUGGAAUGUGUUACUUUCUAACAAAUUCCACGGGUAAUAGAAACUCCAGCCCGCAAGAAACCGAUAUUUUUACAAGAGAUGAGGCACAGACGGGUCCCACCAACCAAGAUCUGCAAGAAAACCAGGAGACUAGCCGGGAAAUCCCUAAAGAGAGGGAGGAAGAGGAGGAAUUCGAUAAGAGGAAAAUAAGUGAUUUGGACCCCAUUAAGUAUAUCGCAGAGAAUGGCUUCCAUGAGGGAGAUGACGCCUAUGCCAAGAAUGCCUACAACAUUAAGAAGAGUGACCAGCUACCAGUUGACAGGGAAGUCCCUGAUGUCAGAGACCAACAGUGUAAAUCCCAAGUGUGGCCGCAUGAUCUGCCAACAACAACUAUAAUUAUCUGCUUCCACAAUGAGGGGCGAAGUGCUCUUCUACGCACGGUUAUCAGUGCAUUAAACCGGAGCCCUCCACAUUUACUCAAAGAAAUUAUUCUAGUGGAUGAUUUUAGCUCUGACCCCAAGGAUGGUCGUAGAUUGCUCAAGCUCCCUAAGGUCAAACUUAUUAGAAACACUAAGAGAGAAGGCUUGAUACGUUCUCGUGUCAAGGGAGCCAACCUGGCAAGAGGGGAGGUGCUGACGUUUUUAGACAGUCAUUGUGAAUGCAACAAGAACUGGCUCGAGCCACUGCUGCUAAGGAUCAAGGAGAGUCCCAAAACGAUAGUAUCUCCCAUCAUAGACGUAAUCAACUUAGAUACUUUUGACUAUCUGGGAUCAUCUGCAGAUUUAAGGGGAGGUUUUGGGUGGAAUCUAAAUUUCAAGUGGGAUUUUCUGCCACCACACAUACUAGCUGAGAGACAAGGCAAACCCACUCUUCCGAUCAAGUCUCCUGUGAUUGCUGGUGGCCUGUUUUCUGUUGCCAAGAAAUGGUUUGAGACGCUUGGCAAAUACGAUAUGCAGAUGGAUGUAUGGGGAGGAGAGAACUUGGAAAUUUCUUUUAGAACAUGGCAGUGCGGAGGAGCUAUGGAAAUCAUUCCCUGCUCACGUGUUGGGCAUGUGUUUCGAAACCGCCACCCAUACCAGUUCCCAGGGGGAAGCAUGAACGUUUUCCAGAAGAAUACAAGGCGUGCUGUGGAGGUAUGGAUGGAUGAUUACAAGCGUUACUACUAUGCUGCCGUGCCUUAUGCUAAGAACACUCCUUAUGGAGAUAUUGAGGAGCGCAUGGAGUUAAGAAGAAAAUUAAGGUGCCGCCCUUUCAAGUGGUACGUCCAGAAUGUUUAUCCGGAACUCAAACUGCCCAGUGAUGAGAGCACCAAGUCAUUUGGUGAGAUCAAGCAAGGCAACCAAUGUGUAGACACACUGGGCCACAUGCGAGGACAGACCAUUGGGCUCUUUGAGUGUCACGGCGCAGGAGGAAAUCAGAUGUGGUCAUUGACAAAAUCAUCGUUGCUAAAACACGAGACGAUGUGUCUUGGGGUGAAUGACGGCAAAGCCACCGAACCUGUACAGCUACUAGACUGUGAUGAGAACAACUCAAUGCAGCACUGGGAGUAUGAGAAAGCCACAAGUCGUCUUCGACACAAACCAACCAGCCUCUGUCUAAGCAGCGACAAGCACAAGACCUCAGGUCUGACACUCGAGCAGUGCAAUGGCAGUGCCUUCUCUCAGCACUGGGCCUUCGAGGUCAAUCUAUAGCCUUCUCUCAGCACUGGGCCUUCGAGGUCAAUCUAUAGGUUUCUCUCAGCACUGGGCCUUCGAGGUCAAUCUAUAGGUUUCUCUCAGCACUGGGCCUUCGAGGUCAAUCUAUAGGUUUCUCUCAGCACUGGGCCUUCGAGGUCAAUCUAUAGGUUUCUCUCAGCACUGGGCCUUCGAAGUCAAUCUAUAGGCUUCUCUCAGCACUGGGCCUUCGAAGUCAAUCUAUAGGCUUCUCUCAGCACUGGGCCUUCGAAGUCAAUCUAUAGGCUUCUCUCAGCACUGGGCCUUCGAAGUCAAUCUAUAGCCUUCUCUCAGCACUGGGCUUUCGAGGUCAAUCUAUAGGUUUCUGUCAGCACUGGGCCUUCGAAGUCAAUCUAUAGCCUUCUCUCAGCACUGGGCUUUCGAGGUCAAUCUAUAGGCUUCUCUCAGCACUGUGCCUUCGAAGUCAAUCUAUAGCCUUCUCUCAGCACUGGGCUUUCGAGGUCAAUCUAUAGGUUUCUGUCAGCACUAGGCCUUCGAGGUCAAUCUAUAGGUUUCUCUCAGCACUGGGCCUUCGAGGUCAAUCUAUAGCCUUCUCUCAGCACUGGGCCUUCGAGGUCAAUCUAUAGGUUUCUCUCAGCACUGGGCCUUCGAGGGCAAUCUAAAGGCUUCGCUUAGGACUAGACUUUCGAAGUCAAUUUAUAGGACAUUUUUUAUCUUGUAUAAAUAUUUUACAACGACACUGAAUUUACAGUACACCAGCGAUUCAUAGGAAACUAUGGCACUGGCUGGGUAUCUGAAAAUAUCAGAAGUAUUCAAAGUGCAGGGUACUUGAAUAUCAUAAAAAAGAAAUACAUAGCAGUGGUUCAGGUCCAGCUAUUAAUCAAGAAAAAAGUUACAAAGUUAUUUUGCAAGACAAAUAAUGAAAAAAAAAACAUGAAUUUGAAGUAAGUUUAGUCUCUCCUGUGUUUUCAAUAUGAAAAACAAAAUUGCUGUAAUGUUGAAGAUCAACGUCCUCUUUGCAGCAAGAAAGUCAAUUCUUUCUUCUGCACCAAUUUUUGUGUGUGUCAAGAGCAAAGAGCAUAGACUCGAAGCAUUCGCCGCUGUGUCAAGCGUUUCACUUCUCUUCUAAACGCUCAACACAGCGGCGAAUGCUUGGAAUCUACAAAGAGCAAUGAUGCAUCCAGUCGCGGGGGCUAGCAUGAACUCAUGCUUGCUCAAGGCCGACACAUUUGUACAAUGCUUUGUAUAUCAGGUCAAAUAUAUAUAUUUUUAUCCCUAGUACGUGCAUAAUUUGUAAUUGCUAUUUGUCAUAAUAGUUUUGUAAUUCGAUGGAUAAAGUCAGCUAGCUUUAAUAUAAAUCUGAAUAGAUUAAUUUAUUAAAUCCUUUAAAUCCUUUCAAAA